AUGAAGCCGAAAGGUCAAUCAUUAUUGAAAAAUCGUAAACUCAAUUCAAGCUCUCAAGUAAUUGACUUAUCAACGCAACCAAAUCAUAGUUUAAUCUGCAGUGAACUUGUAGAGAAAAUAAAGGAUUUGGAACUGUACUUUAACAUCAAAAUCAGUGCGUUAACGCAAGAAGUAUCUAGUAUACAAGAUAAAUGGAAGGCGUAUGCUAACGAGUCGCUCCUCCACGAAAAUCGAGCAUUAAAGGAUGAAAACAAAUCCCUGCUGCAAAAUGUCGCUAACUUGUCCUUCAUAGUAUCCGAUUUAAACACCAAACUUAAAGAAUCUGAAAAUGAAAAACAGUCUUUAGUCACAGUCCUUAAGUUGGUGAAUCUAGACCAAAGUACCCACGAUCAAAAUUCUCAUGGGACCUGGAAAACGCACUGCAGAAGCAUGAAUAAAGAUCAGCAUUUGUCUACUCGCAGUCAAGAUAGUGAAGUUGUUACGAGAAACGCGUUUGAUGUCCUGAGUGAUACGGGCGGCAAUGAAACCAACAUUUAUGAUUAUGACGACGGUAGAAGCAAAGUCGAUGACCCCAGCUCUAUAGCUACUUCGCAACGAGAAUCCCAACGAUCGAUCGCAGACAAUGAGUCCUCAAAUAGCAAACCUGGUAACAAGUCAACUAAGCAUAAAAGCAACUCAGCACAAUGCAAAAGAUGGCAAAAAGAAAUUAGUCUUUAUUGCCGGGGACUCUAUUGUUCAGAAUGUGCAUGGCUGGGAGAUGUCAAAUACCGACAGAACUGUUGCCGUAAAAUCUUUCUCAGGAAGCAAAGUCAAUGAUAUGCAAGACUAUUUGAAACCAUUGCUUCGUCGCAACCCACAUCAAAUAAUUCUCCACGUUGGUACAAACGACAUUAAGUCAGAGAAAUCUCCCGACCAGUUGGUAGAAGGUAUUGUGAAAUUAGUUAGUCAAGUGCGAAAAAAAUCUGCACAUAUCAAAGUAGCCAUCUCGGCUCUUACCAUCAGAAAAGAUGGUCAUCUAAUUCAAACAAAAGUUAAUCAAACAAACAAUCUACUUAAUUCAUUCUGCUCAGAUAAUAAUGUUGACUUUCUUAAUCAUACUAACAUAGAUUUAGAUUGUUUAAAUCGUGGAGGUUUGCACUUGAACCGCAGAGGUAGCACGAUAAUGCAAAGAAACUAUAUGGAUUUUUUAAAUUGA